UGCUCGCGCUGCCCUGGGUGCCCCUCUCAGCCUCCGAAGAGUACGCGGCGGGAUGGGCUGGCUCGUGUUCUGAUGGGUCAUGCUCAUAUGUGCGAGGACCUAGCUUCCUUCUGGAACCCUCUCAGAGCCGACGCCGGGUGUCUGCACCGAAAAAUACCGUGGCACAUUGGAUGGGACGCAGUUGUCGUUUUACGUGUACCUUUCUGUCCCCCCGCCCCUCUCCAGACCGCCUUGGGAACCGACAGUGCUGGUUUUUAUGAGGCCGCGGUAUAAACCUUGAGCGUCCGCAGGAGACACGAAGGGGAGUCUAGCGCUCCUUUGUCAACCAACAUGGGAAAGUCUCUUUCUCACUUACCUCUGCAUUCAAAUAAAGAAGAUGGUUAUGAUGGUGUCAUGACGACUGACAACAUGAGGAAUGGAUUAGUUAAUAAUGAAGUCCAUAAUGAAGAUGGGAGAAACGGAGAUGUGUCUCAGUUUCCCUAUGUGGAAUUCACAGGAAGAGAUAGCGUCACUUGCCCCACUUGUCAAGGAACAGGAAGAAUUCCUAGGGGGCAGGAAAACCAACUAGUGGCAUUGAUUCCAUAUAGUGAUCAGAGAUUACGGCCCAGGAGAACAAAGCUGUAUGUGCUGGCGUCUGUCUUUGUCUGUCUGCUCCUGUCGGGACUGGCUGUGUUUUUCCUUUUCCCUCGCACUAUCGAUGUGAAAUACGUUGGCGUUAAAUCGGCAUAUGUCAGUUAUGAUGUUCAAAAGCGAACAAUAUACUUAAAUAUCACAAACACAUUAAAUAUAACAAACAAUAACUAUUACUCUGUUGAAGUUGAAAACAUCACUGCCCAAGUUCAGUUUUCAAAAACAGUUAUUGGAAAGGCACGCUUAAACAACAUAACCAAUAUUGGUCCACUUGACAUGAAGCAGAUUGAUUAUACAGUACCAACAGUAAUAGCAGAGGAAAUGAGUUAUAUGUAUGAUUUCUGCACACUGAUAUCCAUCAAAGUGCAUAACAUCGUGCUCAUGAUGCAAGUUACUGUAACAACCACGUACUUCGGUCACUCUGAGCAGACAUCCCAGGAGAGAUAUCAGUAUGUCGAUUGUGGGAGGAACACGACCUACCAGUUGGGGCAGUCUGAGUAUCUAAAUGUCCUUCAGCCACAACAGUGAAAUCUGAGGAGGUAUCAUUAGAGAACAUGAAACACCUGUAGAUAUUUUGUGAACUGUCGAGGAGGAAGUCCUUCCUAGUAGGAGAUCUUACAUUGAACAGACCUGAAGUUUACACUUCUGUUUUAAGUCCACUUAAAAGAAUGUGGACUUGCAGCUAGUGCAGCUCUUCAUUCCACAUUGAUGCAUUUGUAGCAGGAUGUUUUACUUUUAGGUAAAUUUACUGAUUGGUGUUCUUUUCCACUGUGUCUCAAAAAAAAAAAAAAGGAAACUUCCUCUGUAAUAUAAAUAGUUAUAUGAAAGUCACAGAUACAGUCCUUAGCUCUACUAACAACAUAAAUUUGGUCCUGAACAUACUCAAAAACAACUUUUGAAGAUGUUUUUAUAGAAAAUUACAAGAGCCUAUUAUUACAGUGGACUUUUUAAAAAUUACCUGUUUUAUAAAUUCUUACUGUUACAUGGUAGUACUUUGGCUACAUUGUAUCUUAGGUUAUAGCUAAACCUUUUUAGCCUUUAAUUUGUUGAGAUUCCAUACAUCUGAAUGAUUUGUCUUAUUUCUAGUUAGUAGCUACAUAACAUUGACAAGCCAAAUUACUCUUUGCAAAAUUCUAUACCUAAAAUUUGUAAGAACCUCUAAACAAUGUAUUUCACAAGUUGUUCUGUAUUAUAGCUUUGUGAAUUUUUUUGUGUGAUCUUCAAAUAUAUAACUUAAUGUACAGUAUUGUAAAUAAACUGCAUGGCUUUUAUACAGCUUUGAUAAUUGUCAAAUAAAGUGAAACAAAUUCAAAGUUAAAGCAAGCUGCUCAUAAAAGCAAAUAAAAUAAGGAAAUGAAAUCCAGAAAUCUAUAAAGUGUAACAGGUUCCAAUUAUAUGUUGGAUCUGGCAUAAAAUAGAUUUAAAAUAAAGCAUUUGAUGUUUUA